AUGUUGCUUCUAGGCUAUGUGGUGAUCUCCCUUGGUUUCGGUGGACUUUUCGCCGACGUGUAUGAGAUCAAACGGUCCGAUCCGUUGGUCAAAACGCGCACGGGGAAAAUCCGCGGUUUUAGGGAAAAUAAGUUCGGCCGGCAGGUGCACACCUUCCUCGGAGUUCCAUUCGCCCAGCCCCCCGUCGGCAAACUUCGGUUCCGGAAGCCAGUGCCGGUGAAACCAUGGCUGCGCGAGUUGAAAGCCAUGUUCCUCCCGCCCUCUUGCGCUCAACCAGAUGUCGUCGUGAACCGCGUGUUCAAUUUCACGAGCGAAGAGCGGAGCGAGGACUGCCUCUACCUGAACAUUUGGUCUCCGGCAAAAAACAACACACCCGAUGAAGGUCCGAAGACGGUCAUGGUUUACCUGUACGGGGGAGCCUUCUUUUUCGGCAGCACCAAUUAUAGAUUCUACGACGGAGCAAUGCUGGCAGCCCUCACAGAUGUCGUUGUCGUUUCUGUCAACUACCGGCUCGGACCCCUCGGAUUCAUGAACGCACGUAUUCCAGAAAUUCCUGGCAAUCAAGGUCUUUGGGACCAACAUCUCGCAUUCAGGUGGAUCAAAGAGAAUAUCGCCAACUUCAAUGGGAACCCAGACUCCAUCACGAUUUUCGGUCAUAGUGCCGGCGGCAUUUCGCUCGGUUUCCAUCUAGUUUCGCCCCUCUCGAAAGGUCUAUUCCAUCGCGCGAUAAUCCAGAGCGGAGCGCCCUACUACAAGAUCACGGAUAAUCCGGAGGAGGCUCGUUUGCAAUUCGAGAAAGCAGCCACGGAACUUUCGUGUGCUUCCGAGGAAGACUUCGAGGGAGAGAAGGAUAUGAAUGAAAUCGUCGAUUGUAUGUUGAGCAAAAACACUUCCGAAAUCCUCACCUCUCUAGAAUAUUUCAAUGAUCGCGUCAAGACGACUUACAUCCCCUGGCCCGGAGACGACCUCGUACCCCAAGAUCUUCCAGACGCCAUAAGGUCAGGGAACGUUAAUGAUAUGGAUCUCCUCGUUGGCUCAACCAUGGAUGAAGGCACUCUCUUCAUACAGUACUAUCUCUCCUCUGUCUUGGACUUCACCGAUCCGGAAUCGAUCAGCAAGAAAGCGCUCAAAGUUUAUCUGAGUUUCCUGUUCAGACUCAUUCGACAGAGAUCGACUCAAGACAUUGCGGAUCAAUACGUGAAUUCGGAUCCUAAUGAAAGCAAUGCCGAGUUCCUGCGACGAGCCGGCCACUCGUUGGGAGACUUCGGUUUUCUAUGCCCAAUGGUCGAUUUCGCAGCGGACUACGCAGAGAGGAACAACAGCGUCUACUUCUACGAGUUUGGAUACCGACCUGGAUACUCUUGGAACGAGAGAUGGCAAGGUGUAGCUCAUUUCGAUGAGAUCCCUUUCAUUUUUGGAACGAAUUUGGACACCACUGAGUUCCACGUGACUCGUGAAGAGAGGAUUUUCACGCUCUUCAUGAUGCACACUUGGUCCCAUUUUGCAAAGACUGGUCAGGUUCCCAAUAUAUUCGGCAAAGAGUGGCCGAAAUUCAACCGGGUCACCAAGCCGUAUGUCCAUCUCAAUGGAAGGGACACGGCUAUCCGGGAAAACGUCGGAAAUCGUUGUGAUUUCUGGGAGCCCAGGAUGUAUAAAUUCACGACUUCACCGAGACCAGACCUUGAAGAACUCUGGAAUGCGCCUACACCGACUUACGAUUCGGUGACUGACUAGUAGGUACACCAA